AUGCCUUCAACGCGCCAUCUUCCCUCCAAAUCCACCCGUCAGCUUUUGGGGCAGGCUCCUCAGACUGGCACCUACAACCGCAUAAGGGGCAGUCUCCUGCACGAGUUCAUACUCAAUAACGCAGGCCAUCCGUCUUCUCCUUCACCCUCCAACUGCACCGAAGACUCAACCUCUGAAACUUCCUGCAGCUUCAUUGUUUCCAAGUCACACAGUCGCAGGCGCGAACCCGGCCAUAUUCCUCGUCCUCCAAACGCAUUCUUGACUUUCCGCUCUUACCUCUGCGUCGUCAACAAUAUUGGCGGUGAUGGAAACCAGAGGCAGGUUUCCAAAGACGCAGGAAAACGAUGGGAGCAGCUCGACGCGCAUGAAAAAGAGCGUUUCAAGGCACUUUCUGAGAAUAUCAAGGCUAUUCAUACUCAGUUCUGGCCUAAACAUCGUUACAACCCUGCGCAAGGCCAGAAUUCCAAGUCCAAGGCUACGAAGAAAGGUCCGAAGCCCCGCACAGGGUCUCUCCGCGUCAAAGGCCCUGAACUUGCCACCUCGACGAUCAUUUCUCCACCGCUAAAGUUGAAGUUGUCCAGGCCUCUCUCUCCAUGUCUUCUCCAGACACAGCCAGCUGCUUCCAUCUCCCCGUCGUCUCAUCUCCAGGGCACCUCUAACUAUUUUGUUCAAUAUGAUGCCGCCGAGAGUCCUGUUAUGUUGAUACCGGACGACGAUGACAUGCCUGAUUUGACAUAUCCUGAAGAUGAUCUCAAAAAGGAUUGUGGAUCUGCAACAAAUUUCCCACUUACGACACUCGACGAGGAGAUGACGCCAAUGAUGAGCAUGCCUUGUCAUCACUUGAUGUGUUUAUCUCCGGAACGUAACUCAUGCCUGAUUGCGUCUCCCAUCAACUCUGAGUCUCUCGACUCCUUUCACGGUUGUUCCAUCCAGCUGGAUACCACUCUCCUAAUAGACGAGGAUACUACAGUAAUCCCAUCCUCAGAACCCAUCCACAUGGAUGUCGAGUUCACUGGCACCACUAGCCCGCCGUUCGCGUUGGGAUUAGAAGAUGAGGAUCCCUUCAGCAUGGUGUUCCCAGCGCUGUGCGCAUUUCCUAGGGAAGAAUAUGCCGCCUUCCAGCUUGCAUCCGCCGUAGAGCAUGACUACACUCGCAACGAGCAGUGGUUUUCUUAACGGCGCAC